CUCUCCGACCAGGCUCAUCUUUUGCAUUCGAGACUCCUAUGGCACCAACCGACUCCCAAGUACACCCCGUCAUCCAUGAAGGUCGAGUCGCCGUGAUCACUGGCGCGGCCAGCGGGAUCGGGCGUGCUGCAGCCCUGGAACUGGCAAAGAUCGGUCUGAAGAUCGCCGUUGCCGACGUCAACGAGGACGGCCUGCUCCAGACCGGCGCGGAGGUCGCGAAGAUCGUCGGCGAGGCGAACGUGCUCGUCGUGCCGACCAACGUCAGCAAGCUCGACGACGUCGUCCGGCUGCGCGACAAGGUGUACGAGGCGUGGGGCGAGGUCGGCGUGCUCAUGAACAAUGCGGGUAUCGGAUUGAACGGCACGUCCUGGGAUGGGCUGGACAACUGGCACAAGAUCUUCGAUGUGAACGUCUUCGGCAUCGUGAACGUCCAGCAGACAUUCGUGCCGUCCAUGCUCCACCAGGAGAACCCUGCAGUCAUCCUCAACACGGGAUCCAAGCAGGGUAUCACGAACCCUCCAGGGAACGCGGCCUACAACGCUUCCAAGGCGGCCGUCAAAUCGCUCACAGAAGGACUCGCACACGAGCUCCGCGGCACACCCGAGUCCAACCUCACCGCCCAUCUCCUUAUCCCUGGGUGGGUGUGGACGGGCAUGACAGGCGCAAACAGCGGCGCAGAGAAGCCCCAGGGCGCCUGGACACCCCAGGAGACUGUGCUUUACGCGCUUGACCAGGUGCGCCAGGGCAAGUUCUACAUCCUUUGCCCGGACAACGAGACCCGUCGCGAGGUCGACCAGCUCCGCAUCAUGUGGACUGCGGGCGACGUCGCAGAGGGCCGCCCUGCGCUCAGCAGAUGGCACCGGGACUACAAGCCGCUCUUCGAGGAGUAUCUCAAGGACGGACUGUCUCAGCUCGACUAAACGUCGGCCACCCGGGUGGCCAGUAGCAGGAGGUAAAAUAACGAAGAGAGGGAAAGGGAAAAUAUGUAUGUAUUUCUAGAGAGGAUACCGUCAAUAUAGGAUGCACAAAACCUGCUUGUGAUGUUUCA